GUGACGCGAGGUAUCUUUAAAUAUUCGAACGAGCAUUAAAAUAUUCUCUCUUUCACAAAAUUGUUUACCAGAAACGUAAAAUUACUCAUGUCAUAAACGUAAGUCUGUUGAAAAUCGUGAGUAUAUAUUGUCCCCACUUGACAUCAGACAGAUGAUCCUACGACAUCGACGAUCUUCUACCUAAGGCUGGGAAUAAUAGGUGGAGCUGAGAAUGUCAGCUCGUCUGGAAAUAAUAAGUUGCAGCAGUCUGAGUCCAGCGAUCAGACAGUUGAUUCCUAUACGCCGUGUUCGAGUUUCUUUAAAAAAAAUGACCAUUACGCGUUUAUACGCAGCUAAAAUCAGUUGAAUUUAUAUGUCAAACGCAGUGUCGAGCAAGUGUUGUAACGAACAUCAUUUAUUAAACACUUAGACAUGAGUACUGCAGGGCCAGUUAACGAGCUGUGUGGCCGUGAUCUUCGUAAGCAUUUGGAAGAACAUGAACCACAAGUCGGUAGAAAUAAAUUAUCAGCACGACGUAGAUUAGUGAAAGAGUCGUCAAUGAAAGCCGCAGAUCCAAGUGCUAAAAGACCAAAAGCUGAUCGAGAAAAUGGCGAAGACGAUAUUGCAGCGCUGAUGGAUGAACUAAUGCAUAUUAGAAAAGGACAUACAUCGGAGCAAAUUAAUAGAAAACAAGAAAAAUGCCAGAAAGAAACAUCAACGGACAAUCUGCUUUUGGACUACUCAUCUACUCCGAGUGAAAUUACUGAUGAUAUCAAAGUUCAAAGAAAAUGGAACGACGAUAAUAUGAUCUUCAGAAACAAGAUCUGUGCAAGAUCAGAACCAAGGAAGAAAUGCGAUGUAUUUGAAAACGACUCCUCAAGACAUGCAUCCCACCGUAAAUUCAUAGAGAAAUUUUUCAAAUAAUUUGUUCUGUCAAAAUGAAAGCUUUGAGAAUCAUGGAAGUAAUUCGCAAAAUUUAAAAAAAAAAUUUUUUUACAUUUAUUUGUAAAUUUUCUCUAUUUCCCAUCCGUGUUUCUUAUUGCAUUAAAAAUAUAGAUAGACGGAAAGUGAAGAAGGGGGAGGCCCACUGACUCUUCCGCACAAAAUGACUUUUUUUCAAAAGCGAAUGUAUCUAUAUAUUUUAUGUAUUAAUAUACAUUAAUUCCUACCUUUUUGAACUUAUUUACUCUACUAUUUUUCUAUAUUUACAAUACUAUUGCGAAAGAACACACGCAAAAGCCCCAAAUUUAUAGCAGUUUAAAAAUAAAGGCGGUCAACACUCCAGCGCCAUCAUGCAUUUGUUUUGUAAAUCAGCUGAUUACUAACGCGCAUCGGCGCAUGCGCGGUCUGCGGAUGCCGCAUAUAUGGCGCAUGCGGUUGAUGCUUGCUUCUGCAGCAAAGUAGAGUACUGAGGAUCCACUAUUCCACUGUCUAUAGUCUAUACCGGUCGGAAACACACAUUGAGAGGUUAUCUGAAACUCUUGUUUAUAAACUAAACGAAUCUGUGUAUUUUAUUUAUGUCUGAUGGUAAACAAUUUUGUGAAUGAAAGAACAUUUCCAUACUCAUUCGAAUUCGUAUGAUAAAUGUAUAAUAGUGAAAUCGUCAACAUCACCGCAGAUAGGCAGAAUUUUCUAAGGAUUCAGUACUUAUAUUAAGUAUAAGUAUAAUAAAAAUUCUAAAUUUCCGAUAAUUCUGCACCACUAUGGCAAAGCAUCAUCCCGAUUUGAUCUUUUGCCGUAAACAGCCUGGAGUGGCUAUUGGGCGUUUGUGCGAAAAAUGUGAUGGAAAAUGCGUUAUUUGUGAUUCGUAUGUAAGACCUUGUACUCUAGUGCGAAUAUGCGAUGAAUGCAAUUAUGGUUCUUAUCAAGGUAGAUGUGUCAUCUGCGGAGGACCAGGUGUUUCAGAUGCUUAUUAUUGCAAAGAAUGUACCAUACAAGAAAAAGAUCGUGAUGGCUGUCCUAAAAUUGUGAAUUUGGGCAGCUCAAAGACUGAUCUCUUCUAUGAAAGGAAAAAAUACGGAUUCAAAAGGAGAUAGUACAAUUUAUUUUUUACAAAUAAUAUUUACAUCAUAAAAAUUUACUUCGUACAAUAAUCUAAUCACCAAUAAACCAAUUCAGUAAGCAACAACACAACAUCAUGAUAAAUUCAAUCAGAACAUGUAAAUUAUGAUUCUAUUUUGUACCAACAUGAUUUAUAAAUGAGAUUUAUUAAAAUAACAAGUAUGAUUUUUAUUUUUUUUUAUGAUAGGAAAAAAUUAAAAUAUAGGCCAACAUAAUCUUUACUUCGUAUAUUUCAGGCAGGGGCAUAAGUAUUCAAAAUGCCAGUUCAAAUAAAUAUGUAUGUCAGUUGAAAUAACAAGUAUGAUUUUUAUGAUAGGAAAAAAUAAAAAUACAAGCUUACAUGAUUUUUACUUGGUAUAUUUCAGUUGAAGAAUUAUUUUCUUUAUCACAUUACAUUGUCAUAAUGUAUUGACUUGUACUACAGUUCCAAGUGAAGACAUUUCUUUCACGAAUAAUUUUUCCUACAGUUUGAACAUUUUUUAUAUAACAAGUCAGUUAAAUUUAUUAGCCACGUUUAAAAAAGAUGGUUAAAAAUUUUAAAAGUAUACAUUAGACAAUAUCUUCAUUAUGGAUUGCACUAACCAAAGACUUAGAUAAAUAAGUAAAAUACUGUAAACAUAUAGCUUUUGUUAAAACAUUGCAUACUUAGUAAUAUAUAAUCAAACGGUUGUCCAUGGCUAGUAGAUUCAACUGUUCAUUCAUUCAUUGAUUUAUAUUUAUAUUCUAAAAUUGCAAACAACGUCGUUUCUUAAGGCUACCUUUCUAAGACAAAAUUUCUUAAAUUUUCUACAUCACGCUCCGAACA